CCAACCUGCACAAAGCAAUAGAAGUGAUAAUCCUCCAAGAUGGCUGUCUCUUCAUUCUAUAAUACUGAGGAGCCAGGAGCUGGCAUGGUUGAGGUGAACAUAUGCACCCUUGAGAUUAAUAUCAAGUAUGAAGUCAUCUCAUCAGUUGUCUGCUCUGUUUGCCUUUCAUUCGGCCUCAUCUUCACCUUUUUCGGAUACCGCUGCUUCAAGAUGGUCAUGUUCUUCUCUGGCUUCAUGUUUGGCGCGACCACCAUUCCCUUGUUGUACCACAAGGAGCCCAGGUUGGACAUCCAGGUGGGGUCAGAGACAAAGGCAGGGAUUGGCCUGGGCGUGGGUGUGCUCUGCGGGCUGAUGACCAUGCUGGUGUCCACAAUGGGACUCCUCCUCAGCGGGCUGCAGCUGGGGAGCCUGCUCUCCCUCGCCAUCCUGGUGGUCAUCGGACAGUUUCACAGCCUUCCACCAGUGUGGGUGCCUCUCGUUGUUGUGCUGGCUGCCAGCAUCGUCGCUGCUCUCUUUACUCUCCUGUGGCAGAAACUGUUCACCAUCAUCUACACAUCUGUGUUUGGAGCCACCGCCGUGAUGCUGUGUGUGGAUUACCUGGUGGGGACGUUUACGCUGCCAGAUCAGGUGUAUGAUAUGUUUUGCCAAGUUGCCCCACGUCCACUCUGCUGGUUUAACUGGACGAUCGCUGGAAUCUGGCUUAUUAUGGGUCCGAUAGGUGUGUUGGUGCAGUGGGGGUUUACUGCCAAAGGAGUAUCACACACAGAAGUUGCAUACAAAAAACACAAGAUACAUGUUAAGAAGCACAGAUAUAGAGAGUCAAGGAGAAGACCUCAACCACAUCGUCGGCGCAGGCCUCCACCGCUGAAACGCUACGCUGGGGACGUCCUGGCGCCUAGUUAUCUCCAGAGCCUUCAGGAGCGCCAGAUGGAAACGGGCUCCUCCAGCAGCAGCGUCAGCACCAUCACACAUACUUUAAUUGACUUUGACUUUGAGACGGGCUCAAUGGUGCCUCUGACUGCCUCGCCUGUCUAUAUAGUCUGA